AACGGCUAACAGAUUGCACUCGUAGUCAGACCCCGACGGUUAGGUAAUGUAGUCUGUGUUGCUGCCGGUGUUUGCAGAGAACAUAACACUACAAUGAGGCUGUUUAUCUGCAGUGUUGCCCUCCUGGCACUGGGGGCACGGUCGCUCGUAGCAGUGCCACUGUGGAAGUUAUCCAAGGGCUUCGAGAACGAAGACAACUGCGUCACCGUCAAUAGCAGUACAGGCGGACAUGACACAAGGCUGUGGCACGACGAUGUCCUGGGCGAUCUCAUUAUUGACGACAGCUGGUUCGUUGGCGAGAGAAUCCUGAACUUCUGUCCGUACUCAAGGAGUUACAUCAACACCCAGUUCAUCCUCCACACCCAGCAAGACCCUGGGGAGGUCACGGACACGUUCAUCAUGGCUGACAAAAGCGUCAUCGAUGCCACGACCUUUGACCCCACGAAGCCGACCAAGUUCAUCACCCACGGAUUCAUUGACACUGGAAACUGCCACUGGCUGAAGGACAUGGCCAGAGCGAUGCUUCGCUACGGAGACUUCAACGUCAUCAGGGUCAACUGGGGUGGCGGCUCUCUACCCCUGUACGGGCAGGCGGCAGCCAACACCCGCGUCGUAGGCCUAGAGAUCUCCCAUCUCGUCAACUUCCUGGUGAAGAACUACGGCGUCGACCCCGCCAGCGUCCAUCUCCUGGGCCACUCCCUUGGCUCCCACAUCUCCGGGUAUGCUGGGGAUAAGAUACCAGGUCUGGGCCGCAUCACCGGUAUGGACCCCGCCGGCCCUUACUUCGAAGGCACCCCCGAAUUCAUUCGGCUGGACGACCAGGACGCCACCUUCGUCGACGUCGUGCACACCGACGCGAAGACGAUUCUCCUGCUGGGGUAUGGCACCGAGCAGGCGAUGGGGAACAUCGACUUCUACCCCAACGCCGGCUAUAACCAGCCCGGGUGUAACCCCGUGACCAUCGGGAUUCAGUUCAUCAUUGAUGUGCCAGAGGGCGUGAGGGAGCUGGCUGCCUGCAGUCACCAGAGGUCCGUGGAGCUGAUCACCGACUCCUUCGACCAGCCUUGUCCUUACGUGGCUCACGAGUGCAUCGAUUAUGGCACUUUCGAUGUCGGACGGUGUCCAGAUUGUGGGGAAGACGACUCGAAAUGUGCUGUCAUGGGAAUUCACGCCAUAGACUAUCCUUACAAAGAGAGAGUUAACGUCAAAAUGUACUUAGACACCGAUAAGCAAUCUCCAUUCUGCUACUACCAUUACCAAAUAGUUAUCGACACAGCCCACCCAAGAGGCGCCCCGGACACCGUGCAAGGUAACCUAGACAUAUGGAUGUAUGGAGACAAUGGAGAAGCCAUUGAGAACUUCCGCCUCACUGACCGAAAGGAGCACUUCGAGAACGGCCAGCCAAAAUACUUCUUGGUCAAGUCCCACAAAAACCUUUCUCGUGUCAUUCGUAUGGAGGUCAACUGGGAGUACGUCAACCUCCUCACAGAUGAGGAGGAGGAGGAUAGUCAGGUCAAUGACCUCUUCAACCACAAGCUUUACAUCAAGACAAUUCACGUGUCAGCUCUGGAUCACGCUACUGAGAAAGCACGUCUGGACCACACCGAAAAUCUGUGCGAGUUCGGCAAGGAGUACACCGAGCUAUCAUCGGGAGACACAAAGUCAUUUGCCAAUGACGAGUCUUGCGUCUUCACCCCGUAGAAGAAUGACCGGCAGGAUGUAUAGCAGAGAGGACACAGCAGAGCAACAUUAGAGAAGACUUUCGAGCGACAAAAUUUCGAACUUCGAGAAGAUAUUGAUGAGCAAUGAAUCUACGUUUUCGAAAUGAUCAGAUGUCA